AUGGGUCGUGGGAGAGGGCGAGGGUGUGGGCGGCCACGUUUGGUGGCACCGUCAACAAGCAAUCCUACGACAGCCAUUUUUGAGCAGAAUGCCACGAAGAGGGAAACUAUUGUGGACAAUGAAGUGAGAAAGGACACAUUGGAGAGUGGUAUCCUGGCGGAGGAGGAAGAAGAGAAUAUCACUGAUACAGAUACCCUAGGUCACCAGAGCACUGAAGAAAGAAAAGCGGUGGAAGCUAGCCAAAUGAAGAAACUAUGGGCUGAUAUCAUUAAUGAAAACCGUAAUUCGGCAAAGGGGCUUGUAACGCCCCAAUUCUGA